GCAGCAUGGAGCCUGCGUUUCACAGAGGAGAUCUCCUGUUCCUCACAAACCGAAUUGAAGAUCCAAUCAGAGUGGGAGAAAUCGUGGUCUUUAGGAUAGAAGGAAGGGAAAUUCCUAUAGUCCAUCGUGUCCUGAAAAUUCAUGAGAAGCAAAAUGGUGACAUCAAAUUUCUGACAAAGGGAGACAAUAAUGCGGUUGAUGACAGAGGGCUGUACAAACGAGGGCAGCACUGGUUGGAGAAAAAGGAUGUAGUAGGACGAGCAAGAGGAUUUGUGCCCUAUAUUGGAAUAGUGACUAUCUUAAUGAAUGAUUAUCCAAAAUUUAAGUAUGCAGUCCUUUUUUUCCUGGGUCUAUUUGUGCUGGUCCAUCGAGAGUAGCCUCUUGUACUGAAGUAUGAGGUGAAGGUGCCAUGGAUUUUUUUUUUUUAGAUGAACUUUUGAAGUAGAUGGUGGUCUGACGUGCUGGGAGGAAAAAGAAAUCCAUGCAUUUCAGAGCCUCUUGGGUUAGUUUUGUUUUUUACUGCAUAAGGGCAAAUGUUUGUCACAGUAUUUCCAAUGGUUUGUCACAUUUUAGCAUUUUUAGUGAAUUUUUAUAUUAAAAAUUUAAGCCAAACUGGUCAGUGUUCGUGCUUUGAAGCUGAGCUUCCUCUCAAAGUGCCUACAGAACUGCUUCUAAGUCUGUGCCUCCACCGGGCAAGCAUGACCUCUCCCUGCACUGACUGAACUGUCAAACACUGAGCUGUGGAGGUGGUAUUCUUUCCAAUUCAGAACUGGAAUAAAGAUUUUGCAUCUUGCC